CCGGUCCAAGUCAGAGGGAACGGUUCUUGUUUCUGCAUCUCAUCAAUCACUCUCGUUUCAACAAAGCAAGAACAUCUCUCAAACCUCUCACACACACAAGUCCCUCCGUUUUUUUUUUAAAAAAAAACACCAAACACCAAACUCAAUCAACAUGCGUUCCUCAAUCAUCGCUUUCGGCAUCGCCGCCCUCACCGCCGUGACCCAGGCCGUCCCGACCGAACAGGCCAAGCGUGACCUCUACGUCAGGAGCGCCUCUGCCGACGUGAGCUGCGGCAACGACCAGGUCAUCUCCUGCUGCAACACCAACAAGGCGACCUCCGACUCCAACAACGGUGGUCUCUUGGGGCUCGGGGGCCUUCUCGACGGUGUCCUCGGUGGAUCUUGCAGCCCAUUGGGUCUCGGCAUCCUCGGUGCUGGUGUUCCCGUCACCGACGCCUGCGGUAACAACGUCGCUGCGUGCUGUACCGGCGACCAGAACGGCGGUCUUCUCAACCUCCAAUGCACCACUUUGAACAUCCUCUAGAGGGUGACCCAAAAGCGUGGCCUGGCGACGCGUGUCGGCGGCACGAUUUUCACAAUGUGAUUUCUCUCUGGUGAAAAUGAGCUAGUACCAAUGCUCAUGAUUGGGAAAAAGGAAAACCCUGGGGAAAGAACAUUUGUGAGGUCGACACCAAGAGAAUUCUAGGCUGAUCUUGGGGGAUAGGAAAAUGGUGGGGAAAGUGUUUUGAUUCUUCAAGUAGGACAGAGGUUUGUAGUGACA